UAAAUAUUAAUUUAGAGAGAUAGAGAGCAUAAACAUUAAAUAUUAAAAUUCGGAAAUUAAAUACACACAUACAUACAUAUUUAGCUAUAUUUCAGUUGUCUCAUUUUUUAUUACGAAAUGAAUUAAAUUAAUGAUAGUACUGAAAUCCUCCAUGACAGACCUCAUUAAAUUUCAGAUGCUUAUAUAUUGGAAACAGGCGAAUAAAAAGACGCUUAAUAGCUCAGUAAAUUAAGAAAAUAACUAUAGGAUAUUUACGAGCAGAGUGAAGUUAAUAAAAGUUAAAGUUAAAUUAAAUAAAAAGGAAGGUCUGAAUCUUUGAACAAUUCUUACAAAAAGGCAUAACCGCUUGUAGAAUUCUAAGGAUUUAAAAGUACACAGAAAAAGAAGAAAACUUGUAGAGUUUUAUAAGAAACUGGCAAUAAUUUUUAUGGGCCUAUCUAGCAAACGUAAGUGAAUCAGAAAAUAUCUUCUAUAAAAGAUAGUAUUGCAAGCGCAUACCUUUAAAAGGAAAGCUCUUUAUCUCCAUUCAUUCAAAUAUACUUGAAAUAGGCUUUGAAAUUAUAGAGUAAUCCCAAAAAAAUAAAACAAUAAGGAUUGCUUGUGAAAAAUUACACAUUUGAAAGUGAAGAAUCAAUGAGUGAAAAUAACUCAGAAAAUAGAGAUAUUUAAUUAGCAGAUUUUCCUUUAAAAAAAUCUAAUUUUUUAACAUAGACUAAUAAUUUAGUUGAAUCCGAAGCUGGUUAAUAAGAAAAUAACUUACAAAUCUAGCAAUAAAUGGAUCCAAAUUAAAAAAGUUAUUCGCCGUUGAAAAACAAAUCUUAGUUUAUUAAGGAUAAACUUGAGAGAAUGCACUCAUUAUCAGGAGAUUAUUUAAUUGAACCAGGUUUGAAAAAAGUAAAAGAAAAUAUUUUAAAUGCACUAAAUAAUUAGUAAAACUCAAUUGAAGAUAAUACUAUGGAGAUUAUUGGUGAAUUUAGUACUUCAUAAGAAAAACUAAGGAAUAACUUGAAGAAAAAAUAUUAAAGAAAUAAUUAAAGGAUUAAAACAGCUACUGAUGAAGAUUUUUAUAGUAAAGGUCACCCCAAUAAUUUGAGCUUUUAUGAUAAUAACAAUACAAAAACACAUACUCGUUACACGAUAGAUUCAAAUCGCUUAAAAACAGAUAUAUCUGAUUAAGGAAAUUUGAAAAAAUAAAAUAACUUUUGGCCUACAAAUACUCAUGAUUUAUAAAAAAAAGGGAAUUAGGUAAGUGAAUACAAUAGAGUUAAAAGUAAAGAUACUGAUUUGACUAUGUAAGAAUCAUUUUAAGAGUAAGUAAGCAGAAUUAAUAAACCUCAGAGAGCUCAGUCUUAAGGUCCUAAAAGCGGCUAGGCCGUUUAAUGCAUAUUUUACAACGCUGAUCCAAAUAAUACUAUGCUUAAGGAUUUUUUUGGAGAAGUUGAUUGUAUUAAUUUGAAUAAUAUAUUUGUGAAUUAAUUGGGAAUUACAGAUGAAUAAAAAAAUUAAAUGCUUGAAAAAAUGGAUCCUGAAACAAAGUAAUAGAUACUCAGAAAAUUUGCUGUUUAAGAUAGAAUUUUCAAGUUUAGCAAGUUUUCUAACUUUCAUCACGAUGAAUUUUACGAUUCAUUUAAGAACAAUUAUUAAUUUAUACAGGAAGAAAUAUAAAAAAAUAACUACCCUGUUUCAUGUAUGCAUAUUAGAUAACUUUAAAAAAGUGUAAACUCUCAUGUAAAUACAGAGUAAGAGAAUAAUAGAAGUUCAUCAAAUCAAAGAAAGAGAGUUACAAUAUCCAAUAAAGCAGAUCCUGAGAUAUUGUAAAGAUUUCAGACACCAAUAAAUCUAAGUAGGCUAGUUGGUCAUUCCCGAGUCAGAACAGAGACUGAUGUACUUGCUGACAUUGGAUAUCUGUAAACAUCUAAAGCAAAAAAAGAAAAUCCCCUUUACAUAAAUAGAAUAAACAGAGUAAGAUUGUAAAGCUACAGCUCUUCGAAGGCUCAAAGAAACGAAAAUAGUAGCCUUGAACAUCAUAAAUAGGAAAGAAUCAACACAGCUUCAUAAGAAGAUAAUUAAAAUAAGAAUAUCAAAUCUUUCAUAGACCCAAGAAAAGUAUAUCGAUAAAAUCUUGAGAUUUACUCUCAACAAAAUCAAAAUCUCAAAUCUUUAAAUACUUAAUUUACAGAGUAAUAUUUAGCUGCAACCUAAAUAAAAAAAUAAAACUAAAAUGAAGAAUCUAAGUAGAAAGUUUUUUUCUAAAAUUAAGAUUUGAAAAGAAGGCUUUAGAUAUCUAAUCUAAACAUAAAUAUUUGA